UACCAGUCCAUACUUGCAUGACGUUCUCACCUGACCAGGACUGACCAGCCCUACCUCGGUAUAAAUAAAUCACAGCAGCUGUUGUCAGACUUUCCCAGCACCAGCUGACGACAAUGAUUCGAUCUCUAGUCUGUACACUCCUCGCUGUCUUCCUCGUAUUGUUCGUAGCAGACGCCAGGCUCAAGCAUAAACAUUAUGGCGCGGAGAAAUAUUUGAACACUGAGACCAAAAGACAAACCCUGUCCUGCGCGUCCAACGAGUUUGCUUGCCCAGAAAAAUGCAUCCCACAGACGUACGUGUGCGACACGGAGAACGACUGCACGGGCGGCUUUGAUGAGCAGCAGAACUGUCCGACUGAUUGUUCUGGCAACCACACCUUCAAAUGCCCUGACAAUCGAUGCCUGGCCGUGUUUUACAAAUGUGAUGCCUCCAACGAUUGUCCCGACGGAAGUGAUGAAAAAGAUUGUGGCGGUUCCUGCAGGGGUGCAGAUUUCAAGUGUUCUAACGGUGCCUGUAUCAGCCACAGCUGGUUGUGUGACGGGGACGAGGACUGCGGAGAUCACUCGGAUGAAGCCAACUGUGGCGGAACAUGCAGGCCUGGAUACUUUCACUGUACCAACGGUCACUGCAUCACUGACAGCUGGGUAUGUGAUGGUGACAAUGACUGUGGUGACAUGGGAGAUGAGCAGAACUGCGCAGCAAGGACGUGUGACUCGUCCCAGUUUACCUGCACCAACCACAAGUGUAUCCCUGCAGGCUAUCAGUGUGAUAACGACAACGACUGCGGCGACCACAGUGACGAGCAGGGUUGCACAUGCGCACCUGACCACUUCCAGUGCCCACAAGGCAAAUGUAUCCCCAACUCGUACAGGUGUGACGGUGACAACGACUGCGGGGACCUGUCUGACGAGAGCAACUGCCCGACCAUCCACCCGGGGGUGUGUAUCGACAUGCUGACCUACGAGGACUGCUAUAGGAUGAACACCUCCACCUACCCCAUCUGCCAGUACUACGUGGACGCUCACAGAUACUGCAGGAAGUUUUGCGACGUCUGCAACACGUAUAUGCAAAUUCUGUCUCCGAUAUUAGCACUGGUUGACGACACAAAGGCAGAGAAAACACGUACAGAAACAAUGUUGAGACUUCUAACCGUCGGUCUAUUAAUAGCGCUGUCCGCAGCUGUCCGCAGGGAGGCAGCAAAGAGGGACAGCUCGCCAUGGGGGGAGGCCCUGUUCAGAGACGGCAGAGCAUCUUGCGGCACUGAGCUGUUCGCCUGCCAUGAGAAAUGUAUCGAGAAAGCUUUUGUCUGUGACACCAUCGACGACUGCACUGGGGGAUUCGAUGAGCAGAACUGUCCAAGUGACUGCAGUGGUCCAAACCAGUACAAGUGUGCGAAUGGCCACUGUAUCCCACAAAACUACCGAUGUGACACACAGGACGAUUGUACGGACAACAGUGAUGAGCAGAACUGUGGCGGCACGUGCGCCCCAGGGUACCAGAAGUGCGAGUCCGGGUAUUGUGUGGUAGACUCCUGGGUGUGUGACGGAACGGACGACUGUGGGGACGGGUCAGACGAGAGAACCUGCACCGGUCUCUCCUGUAACGUCUUCCAGUUCUCGUGCGCCAACGGCAAAUGUGUUCCUAAAAACUACAAGUGUGACUGGGAGAACGACUGCGGCGACAACAGCGACGAGCAGGGAUGUACCUGCGACAGCAACCACUUCCAGUGCACGAAGGGCGGCUGCCUGCCUGCCGAGUACAGGUGCGACAGUGAGAACGACUGCGGCGACAUGUCCGACGAGGCCAACUGCCCGGCCAUCCACCCCGGGGUCUGCAUUGACCUCAUGACCUUUGAGGACUGUCUGCGCAUGAACUCCACCACCUUCCCAAUUUGCCUAACAUUCGCCGAUGGACACAAAUAUUGUAGAAAAUAUUGUGGUCUGUGCAAUGCUUAAAAUUUAUAUACAGUGUCUAUUUCUUCAACGAGUCAUGGUUUAUUUAAGCGAUAGUAAAUUGUAUGGCAUACAA